GCGCCAGUACCGGCCAGCGGAGCGAGCGCCCGGGACCGAGGAGCGAGCGGGCGGGCAGGCGGGCGAGGCGCAGGCGAAUCUGGGACCCGAGCGCGCUCUCUGCUCCGCCAAGUGCCAACUUCGCGGGGACGGGCUGGGUGCGCACCUUCCCGCGGGGUAGGCAGUCAGCCGGAAUUUGAGAUUUUAGGGAAGAAAGUCAGCUUCGCCCUGUCCCUUUCCCCCCCCCCCCGGGUUCAAAAUCCCCAUUAAAAAGCAAAACAACAGUUACAACAAACUUGCUCUCUCAUCCCGCCGGCCCCCUCAAGUCCCGGCACCAUGAAGGCGGCCGUCGAUCUCAAGCCGACUCUCACCAUCAUCAAGACAGAAAAAGUGGAUCUGGAGCUUUUCCCCUCCCCGGAUGUGGAAUGUGCAGAUGUUCCACUGUUAACUCCAAGUAGCAAAGAAAUGAUGUCCCAAGCAUUGAAAGCUACUUUCAGUGGUUUCACAAAAGAACAGCAGCGACUGGGAAUCCCAAAAGACCCCCGGCAGUGGACAGAAACACAUGUUCGGGAUUGGGUGAUGUGGGCUGUGAAUGAGUUCAGCCUAAAAGGUGUAGACUUCCAGAAGUUCUGUAUGAAUGGAGCAGCAUUGUGUGCCCUGGGCAAAGAGUGCUUCCUCGAGCUGGCUCCAGACUUUGUCGGGGACAUCCUGUGGGAGCAUCUAGAGAUCCUGCAGAAAGAGGAUGUGAAACCAUAUCAGGUUAAUGGAGUCAACUCUACCUAUCCAGAAUCCCGUUAUACCUCGGAUUACUUCAUUAGCUAUGGUAUCGAGCAUGCUCAGUGUGUUCCUCCCUCAGAGUUCUCAGAGCCCAGCUUCAUCACAGAGUCCUAUCAGACGCUGCAUCCCAUCAGCUCAGAGGAACUCCUGUCCCUCAAGUAUGAGAAUGACUACCCUUCUGUCAUUCUCCGGGACCCUCUCCAGACAGACACCUUGCAGACAGACUAUUUUGCCAUCAAACAAGAAGUGUUAACUCCAGACAACAUGUGCAUGGGGAGAGCCAGCCGUGGUAAACUCGGGGGCCAGGACUCUUUUGAGAGCAUAGAGAGCUACGAUAGUUGUGACCGCCUCACCCAGUCCUGGAGCAGCCAGUCAUCUUUCAACAGCCUGCAGCGUGUCCCCUCCUAUGACAGCUUCGACUCCGAGGAUUAUCCCGCUGCCCUGCCCAACCACAAGCCUAAGGGCACCUUCAAGGACUAUGUGCGUGACCGUGCUGACCUCAACAAGGACAAGCCUGUCAUUCCUGCUGCUGCCCUGGCUGGCUACACAGGCAGUGGGCCGAUCCAGCUGUGGCAGUUUCUUCUGGAGUUACUCACUGAUAAGUCUUGCCAGUCUUUCAUCAGCUGGACAGGAGAUGGCUGGGAAUUCAAGCUUUCCGACCCAGAUGAGGUGGCCAGGAGAUGGGGAAAAAGAAAAAACAAACCCAAGAUGAAUUAUGAGAAACUGAGCCGUGGCCUUCGCUACUAUUAUGACAAAAAUAUCAUCCACAAGACAGCGGGUAAGCGCUACGUGUACCGCUUCGUCUGUGAUCUGCAAAGCCUGCUGGGAUACACCCCUGAGGAGCUGCAUGCCAUGCUGGAUGUGAAGCCAGAUGCUGAUGAGUGAUGGACACAGGAAGGACUGGGGCAACCCUGCUAAGACCUUUCAAAAAACAACCAUGUUGGCUGGACUCUCAAUUUUUAAUUGUUAUUCUAUGUUUUAUUUUCGAGAACUCAUUUUUCACAUUCAGGGGUGGGAGCUAAGGGAGCUGCAGCUGUAUUCCAUGGGCCAUUGGUGAGGCUGGAAAGAGAAAGUCAGGACCUCUGGGGUGGGUGGAGUAAGAACUUUCUAAGCAGACUUUUCAGAAGAGAGAUAAAGGUCUUCUGGGAAGCGUGAUGGACUUGGCUUUGAGGAGGAAGAAACAAAUUAAGAGAAAAGCCCAUCAUGAGUUAUGGAUCUAAUAGCAGGAGGACUUGUCACAUCACGAGUAAUGAGAUUGAUGAGAAUCAAUCAAUUUGGAGGGUGGGAUAAAAAUUUUCUUCAGGGGAUUACUAAAAAGAAGAAUUAUUAACAUUUCUACUUUUUUGAAACAAAGAUGGACUUCAAUGGAGGGGGUCCCAAACUGUUUUUACGUUAAAGUUUAUUUUAUUAAAUUUUGUGCCAGUAUUUUUUUUCUUACAAAAUUGUCUUAAGCUCUAAGGUGGUCUCAGUAUUGCAGUAUUGUGAGUUUGUUCUUAUCUGCUGGUUGAGGAUUCUGUCACAGUGAAAGGCAACCAUUUAUAUAGACCCCAUCGGAAAAUCAUAUCUGUGUGCUGAGAUCAGAGACCCCAAACCCACCUGACCUGCAGCUGAAGGAAAUGAAUGCUGAUUUGGGAGCAGGGAACAGUGCAUGUGAAUUCUACCUGCAGUUUAUAUAAAAUUUUCACAUCCCUCUACUUGUCAUUUAGAGAACUGUCAGGCUUUGGGCUUAGUGUUACUUAAGGGGCCUUAAGUCUUUGCACUGAAUGUAUUUUGCAGCUCUGAUUUGGGACUGUUGUCAGCAUAGGAACACUGUUAGUCUUGGAAAGGAAAUUGAGGGAAGAAGAUUAACCUGGCUUUUGAUUAAAUCUCUACCUGAAACAUAGAUGACUCAGAAUAAAAGCUGUUUGCAUGGGCAUUACCCCUCAGGUCUUAAGUAAGCCCCAAAUGCAUGCCAUCUCAAAUGAACACUCUACAAUUUCUCCUCUGUCUUAUUGUCCCGGCGUCCCACAUAGUUGCCCCCUCCCGCCCCAACCUCAUUGUUCAGUAGAGUGGAACGUAAUGCUUUCUGAUAGGUGAGUGGAAGUGUAAUUUCAGACACCAGGACAUGAAUCAAAGAGUACAGACUUGCUAGGCUCAGAGGUCAUGUGAAUUCAGACAGUGUUUCAGUAGCCUCCUUUGGGAAGGGACAGGAGCUUGUCGGGGAGGACUUGGGUGAGGCUGUAUGCAGAGGAAGUGGUAGAGAGCACCAAAACCUGGAGCUUGACCUAUUAUCUUUGUAGAAGGUGAGUGAAAGUCAACUGCAGAUGAGAAGAAUGACUUAAAGGAGAAAAUGAAGGGGAAGGAGCUGGGUGAGGACAAUAAAGUGGUCCAUGAUAUUUUAUUAUGUUUUUGGCUCCCUCAAAGCUUAGAUACAAAGAAUUAAUUGAGGCAGUCAUCUUCCUGCCAGUUGGGAGGGGAGACCUGAAAAGAAUGAGUAAAAACAAAGCAGGAAGAGGCCUGAUAACAUGAGAAUCGCUACUGCUGUAUACUUACUACUUGCCUGUUUAAGACAAUGGUAGUGGAUGUCAUGAGAGAAAAGAAUCAAUUGAUUGAGGUGGGCAUCGCCAGCCAGGCUGGCCCCCUUUGGGAUUUCUCUAAGAAAAUGAAAAUUGUAACUACCUUGUAUCAUCUUCCUGAGAUUUGAUGGCUGAUUCCCAGAUUCCCUCGCAGACCCUGAAUCACUGAGAACAUAACUCUUGUUCAUGGAUGUUCUAUACUGAUUGAGUGGAGCAUCCACACAAGGAGGCAAAGGCAAAACACCCCAGCUAUAUAUUUUGAUCUUACAGAUGCAGGUGCCUUAGUGAAGCUCUCAAAAUAUUUAGGAGCUGCUCAGGGAGUAUUAGGUGGGAUAAUUCGGAUUAUGUUGUUUUAUAUUAUGUGAUCUUUGUUGGGCACUGGCAGUGUGUGUGUAUGUGUGUGUGUGUGUGUGUGAGUGAGUGUGUGAGCGAGCAUGUGCACACUUGUGUAAAACUGUAGCUGAAAUAAUACUGAAUUUUUCUACUUAGUCUGUCCACAUUUCUAUAAUGGUGAAAGAGUAAAGCCAGGGCCUAUAUCAUUGCUUGCUGUUUGUAACAGGGCUUUAAACAACCCCUUUCCCAAGUAAUCCUCCUCCUAUUCAGUUCAUGCUGAGAUCUCCCCUUCUGUGAGUCUAAUACCUGCAGUCCUCAAGGCAGAUGGGAGAGAUGUGAGAAAGUGCCUACUUGCACUCCUCAGCCCCCUGACUUGCCACGCUGCCCUUUCUCCCCAGGUCCACCGUUUUCAGGAUAUGUAGAUAGUUUAUUAGUCAGACAGCUAUGUUGUCCAUCUGGCCAGAUGCUUUUUUCUCCUUUUGUCCAAAGGCCAGAGACCAUCCCAGGAAGAGUGGUGGGUGGUUUAUACACUGGAAAUGUAGCAGCAUUGUUGCAUUGAUGCUCUUUAAAAACACGUUAACUUCAGAGGAAGGAUGAACAAAUCUGAUCUAGCUGUGUGACACUCUUGUUUUCCCACAGAGAUGCAUUAAUCUAUGUGUGGCUUUUGUCUCAGACUCCCUGAGUAGGCGGGCUCCCUACAUGGAGCUCUGGUUUUGUGGCUGUGGAGGUUGGUGAAAGCAUUUCUAGAUCAGAGGCGUUCUUCCUCACUUUGGAGACCAACACUCUGGGUUUUAAAGCAUUAACCUUCGUGGUGAAAUCACACCUUCUCUCUUCCAGUCAUGCUGUGCAUGCUGCUUUCUCUGUUGGGGUCUAUAUAAAUUUGUUGAACUCUUACGUACAUUCCAAAGACGUUUCAAGGAACCACAAAUAUAUGUAUACGAAUACAUAUAUGAAGUAUAUGUGUUAAAAUGAAAUUAUCUCUAUCAGGAAUACUGCCUCAGUUAUUGAAUUUUUUAAAAAAAAGAAUACAUUUUUUUUUUAGCUGAGAAUUAUUGGGGUGAAAAGGAUGUUAUAUUGUGUUUGACUAUUUUCCAACUUGUAUUUUCAUAUAAUUUAUAUUUUUUAAAUGCUAAAAAUUUAAAAGCAAGAUUUAAAAAGGAAAGCAGGUGCUUUUUAACAAUCAGAACUGAGGUAGCUUAGAGAUGUAGCGUGUGAAUGUCUAUAUGUUUUUUUUUUGUU